UAUUUAUAUCUGAACAAACUGCGCAAAAAAUACAUUUACGCACCUCUAUGUAUAUACAAGCAUAUGUACUUGUAUAUUUUUACAUGCGCGCAUUGCAUACCUUAUGGCGGUGAAACUCUUGGAAAUGUUGCCUCUGAUGCAUGAAUUAAAUUUACUCCUAGAAUUAUAAUUGGUUUUGGUUUAGUUGUAACUUGUAUCCAGGUUCCGGUGUUGGUAGAGAGAAAUCCAGCUCCGGUAUACAGUUUACCUCUAGUAUUAUAUAGAUAUCAGAGUAGUGAUAAUUAGUUCUUAGUUAUAUAUCUGUAGACUAAUUAUGCAUCUACACCAGUGAGAACCAAUACAGUGAAUAAACAUUUAUUAAAGAAAUAACAUAAAAGAAAAAACGAUAAACAUGAAUUUGUGUGGUCUAUUCCUCUCAUAUGCAUUCCUUAUCACUAAUUUGUACGCAGUGGAAGCAAAACAAAUUGCGGGUUAUGGAGAUUCAUCCAACAUACGACAAUCUAGUAGGGCCAUAUACAGCUCGGACUGGUUUCAAUCCUUUGUAGAUACAUUAAACAAACAAGAUGAUGCAAACCUGAGUUCGAAAAAAGCUUCCCCCGAACUGGAGAGAAACUAUAAAAAUAACUUUGCAGAAAUUACUGCAAAGAGAGAAUUAAUUUUCUCUGAACCAGAGCAGAGUCAGGAAAAUGAGGAGAAGGAUGAAAAUAUCUUAUCUAUAUCAAGACCUAAUAUGGAUUCAAGUACGGAUACAAGUAAAGAGUUAGAGGAUAGUGAGAAGGACGGAUCAACCGAGGAAACUCUAGAGAUGUUACCAACUCCAGCUUUCUGGGUGGAUGCUCCAACCUGCCCUGCUUGGGGGAGCAUGGACGGGUUCUACGCUCUAGGGAUACAGGAUACACAGUAUAUGGGAAGAUGGUUCCUGAUUAGAUUGAUUAUAUUUCAGUAUAUGGGAAGAUGGUUCCUGCAGGCAAAAACUAAAGAUAUCUCGGAUUACUCAGAACACUGCUGGACAAUUGAGUACACGUUGAACAGAAGGCGAGGAACAAUCUCACGUCAAUCUCAUUACUUCACUCUCAUUGGAAACUUGAAGAGAGAGGAGGAGGGAGAAGUUGAAAUAUCUGAACCUCUGGAUCCGAACCUGCUCCUCUAUAGAUCCAAUGAUGGUUUACUCCCAUCAUUAAUCCCAGGUUCUGAGUCCUGGAUCCGGGUACUGGCAACAGAUUAUGAAACCUUUAGUAUCGAGUACACCUGCUCAGACUCUAAUCUAAUAAAACGACAAGAGAAUAUCUGGAUAUAUACUCGGGAAAGAAUACCUGGAACAUCUGUACUUAACCGAGCAUACAGAACCCUUGUUCGUUUAAAUCUCCAGGGUUACAAACUACUAAGGACGGAUCAGGGGAAAUGUCCAAUCCCUGAGAGAACGGAGAUAAGAGAACAUGUGGAUCCUCCAAUGCCAAGAAACAGUAAGAUUGGUCCACCAUCUACAGAAGAAAAAACGAUGAUGCUGUUAAGCGGUGGACUCCGUUUGGUCCAAUCCCUUCUAGCUCCAUGGACCCUUCAUCCAGUGCUAGGGUUUACUCCGACCCAACCGGAGACAGAGAGAAGGGAGAUGAAACCCUUUCGGAGAUCAUUUAACGAAGCAAAGAGAAAAAAUAUAUAUCGAGGAUUAAGAACAAGGAAAGAAAAUAGAUAUUCUCCAGGGUAUAAAUGAAUAUGUAAACACAAAGAUUUAAUAUGAUAAGUCGUCUUUGAUUUUUCUUGACAUAAAGAUCUCAAAACAUACAUCUUAAAGAAUAUGAUUUACAACAUGAACCUAAACCAAUCAAAGACGACAUUUUCUAUUAGAUCUGUAUAUUUAGACCUCGAUGUUUUUAUGAAUAUCAUGGAUACAAACAAUACUAUGCAUUGGUUGUAUUGUAUAUCAGCUUGUAAUAAUCCGAUAUGUGUUCCCUAUAUUCCACGAAUAAAGAAAAUUGAAUAAACAA